AUGAUUAAUCUUCGAGCAUUACAUGUUCAAUAUGAGAAUGAAAUAGAUUGUGGACACAUACCAUUAAUUAUGAACGAUGACGAAUCUCAUAAUGUAAAUAUACCAAAUGAAGAUGAACUUAUUCAAUGGUUAAAAGAUCAUUUGCUAUCAACGUGCUUAAUUGUCAAAGAUCCCAACCUUAUUAGUCGUAUUCAAAUAUGGAUUUAA